AUGGAAGGGGGUAGAAAGAAGAAAUGUGAUCAGCCCUGGUUUGAGGUGGAAAGUCAGACGUACCGGGAGAAUGAUGUCCACUGGUCAGGAGCCAGGGGAUACCUCCUAUACCUCCUUCACUUUCCACAGUGUGCAGGUCUCAGGAGAUGCAGUGUUGCCAGAACACUGUGCUCUCCCAAGCCUCUUCUCCAAAGAAGAGUACAUUCUCCUCUGUGCAACUGCUCAUGCCACAAAAGCUGCCUUCUGGAAAGCUCUGCUAAGCAGUUGGAACUUGGGAUCUGAGCAAGAAAAAAUCUGCUCAGCCCUCUAAGUAGAGGACAGUACAGCACUGUUCAGUGCAGUCAUAAGGACUGUGUACCACAGCAGUGUAUGUGUGUGAGGGCAACUUUGCUUAAACCAGGUCUGGUGGUGCUUCAGGAGGACUCCUUAAGGUCCCUUGCAACCAUGAUGAAGUCUAGAAGUUUGCAGGUGCUUCUGACUCUGGCAGUUCUGGCCUUCCUUCUCAUCCACUCCCACUUCCUACUCUGCAGCAAAAAUGCCCCUAUGGAAGAAAAACCUUCUCAAGUCCACAUCCUCAUUCUCUCCUCCUGGCGGUCAGGAUCUUCCUUCACUGGACAAAUCUUCAGCCAGCACCCCAGUGUCUUCUACCUGAUGGAACCCGCGUGGCACGUGUGGGUUAAGAUGUACCAGAACACUGCGGAAGUCUUACACAUGGCAGUGCGGGACCUCGUCAGGUCAGUCUUUCUGUGUGACAUGUCUGUGUUUGAUGCUUACAUGUCUAGCCAGAAGAAGAAGUCUGAUCUAUUUCAGUGGGAGACAAGCCGAGCCUUGUGCUCCCCGCCUGCCUGUCACUCCUUCAGCCGCAGGGACAUAAUCCCUGCCAGCAGCUGCAGAACAAUCUGUGGCAAGUACCCCUUCAGCAAGGUGGAAGAAGCCUGUAAAACCUACAGCCAUGUUGCCAUCAAGGAGGUUCGGUUCUUUGACCUCAAAGUUCUCUACCCCCUUCUCACUGAUCCAUCCCUGAACCUCAAAAUCAUUCACUUGGUUCGUGAUCCUCGGGCUGUGUUCCGGUCCCGAGAGAAUACAGUGGCAAACCUGAAACGUGACAGUGACAUUGUUGUGGGCUCCCAGAACACUAAGGGAGAAAUGGGACCCUACAACACAAUGCAAGUGAUCUGCAAAAGCCAAGUUGAGAUUUACAAGGCAGGCAGUCAGGCUGUUCCCAGCUUCCUGAAAGACCGCUACCUGCUGGUUCGCUAUGAAGACAUUGUCAGAGACCCUCUGGCAAGGGCUGCUCAGAUGUACAGGUUUGCAGAACUCCACUUCACACCAGAACUUCAGAAGUGGGUGCACAACAUCACCCAUGGGAAAGGGCAAGGAUCACAGGCUUUUGAUAUUGGGUCCAGAGAUGCGCUGAGAGUAUCCCAGGCCUGGAGGACCACUCUUCCCUUCCAGAAAAUAGAAAAAGUGCAAAAUGUGUGCAAGGAUGCAAUGGACUUGCUGGGCUACCGGCUCAUUCAAUCUGAAGAAGAGCAAAAAAAUAUGUCACUAGAUCUCCUGUUUACCCAGAACUCCUCUGAGUAACAAAUUCUGAUGGCAGAAAUGCUGCUCUCUGCACCUGCUCUCUGAAAGCUGCAGGGUGGAGAGCUGUUUA